AUGUUGCAAAAACAGGGUCGGGGCCGCUCCGGCGCCCAAGGCGACAGGGACAGAGGCUGGAGCCGUGACGGAGAUUCCCGGACCCCAAGAGGCAGCAUUGCCGAGGAGGCCCCGAGCACGUCCCGCGGGUCGAGCGGCACACAGGAGGCCCCGGGCGCCUCGUCUCAGGGCCCCCGCCGGUCCCAGACCGCCCCUUCCGUGGGACCCAGGACCCAGAAGCAGCUGGAGCUGAAGGUGGCGGAGCUGGUGCAGUUCUUGCUGAUCAAGGACCAGAGGAAGAUUCCGAUCAAGCGGACCGACAUCCUGAAGCACGUCGUUGGGGACUACAAGGACAUCUUCUCGGACCUGCUCAAGCUGGCCGCUGAGCGCCUCCAGUACGUCUUCGGGUACAAGCUGGUGGAGCUGGAGCCCAAGAGCAACACCUACAUCCUGGUCAACACCCUGGACCCCGUGGAAGAGGAUGCCGAGGUGAGAGGCGACCAGGGGACGCCCACCACGGGUCUUCUCAUGAUUGUCUUGGGGCUCAUCUUUAUGAAGGGCAACACCAUCAAGGAGACGGAGGUCUGGGACUUCCUGCGGCGUUUAGGGGUGUACCCCACCAAGAAGCAUUUAAUCUUUGGGGAUCCAAAGAAACUCAUAACUGAGGACUUUGUGCGCCAGCGUUAUCUGGAGUACCGGCGGAUACCCCACACUGAUCCUGUGGACUACGAACUCCAGUGGGGCCCGCGAACCAACCUGGAAACCAGCAAGAUGAAAGUACUGAAGUUUGUGGCCAAAAUCCACAACCAAGACCCCAAGGACUGGCCGGCGCAGUACUGUGAAGCUCUGGCAGACGAGGAGAGUAGGGCCAAACCUGAACCUAGUGGCCCAGCUCCAUCUUCUUGAAAUCUGAGAUGGAUGCACAGGGACUCCUGGGACUGGGGUCUGAGACCCGAAUGAAUAAUGCUGAGGGAUUGGAGAAGGGGGGGCCCAGGGAGCAUAUUUCUGUAACGCUUAAGUGUGUGUACCUUUAAGAUGUGUUUGCAAAGUUGUGUUCUUUUAAUAGGGUGUUGGUUGGUUCCAGAUUUUCAGUUGUAAACGGGUUAGGGGAGCAUUUAUUUUAUUACUUAUUUUACUUUUUUGGGUACGAAAGUUUUGCUAGCUUAGUAAAGCGAAUUGGAAAACUUUACCAUGAUCUGGAUCAGAUGUGUAAGAAGGAACACAUGAACAAAUUGCUUUGGUGCCAAGAAAAUAAAAGCAAACCCCAGUUUAUAAGGAAAAAUAAAAAUCUUUAUAACAUUAAAAAUAGAAAUGUACUUGUCUGUAUCCUCAUUACCGUAACCUAACUAUUUUGUUUCUCUUUAUAUCCUAUGUAUUAUGCAUGGCUCCAAGCAAUGAACAGAAUGUAUUUUCUCCAAAUAACAGUUUUUAAAUAUUCAUAGUUAUUACUCAGCUCUGUUGCUGACCAGUUAGUACAUUUAGGUUUUUUGGGGGUUUUUUUGGUACUAUGGUUGUUACAAUAAAUACUAUAUUUUUGAA